AUGGCAUCUCUUGCGAAGAUCCAGAGAAAAGUGAUUAGUCAAGAAGCACUUCUCUCCAAAAUGGUCAUGGGACCCAACGACCACCUUCUUCAAGCAGAUAUAAUUUUUGUCAUAGAAGGAACAGCAAUAAAUGGAGCUUACCUCAAUGAUAUGAGGACCAACUAUGUUGUUCCAACGUUAGAGUACUUCAGUUCAGGUAGCAUUGAAGAGCGAGACUAUGUGGCAGAGAGUACAAGUAUGCAGUAUGGGAUGGUGGUGUACCAUGCGGCUGAUUGCCUUCCAAGUCCUAGUAGCAACAGCUAUGGACCAUAUUCCACCCCUCAGAAAUUAUUGAAUAUUUUGGAUAGACUUGAGUUAGUUGGUGGUAAAGGAGAGUCUCAUGCUAACAUUGCUGAAGGUCUUGCCACUGCUUUGCAGUGUUUUGAGGACUUACAACAGCGACGUGAACCAAAUUUACAAAAGUUGCAGAAACACUGUAUACUAGUAGAGCAGUUAGCUUCACUUCUUCAAGAACGUGGAAUUCAUUUAUCUGUUCUUUCUCCAAGGAAAAUUCCAGCUUUAUUUAAAUUAUAUGAGAAAGCAGGUGGAGACCUGCAAACAUCACAAACAAAAAAUUAUGCUAAGGAUCCUCGUCAUCUUGUAUUACUUAAUGGAUACAGCCUUAAGGAACGUCCUUUAAGCCCAGCGGCUGGCCUGCUGCCACCUCUGCCUCAAAUUGGAAUAGGCUCUAUGCCCAGCCCUGUGCAGCAAAGCAUUGGCUCUCCUGGGCAGACCCCUGCUGGUGUGGGUGCCCCUGUGGGUGCUACUGCUGCAGCUCGUGCUCCUCAGCCAUUCCAGCAGGGUUUACUUCCACAAACUCAACCACCAGCACCACAGCCGCCUCAGACCGUGCCUGGCCAACCCACAGGACCACCGCAAGCUGGCAUGCCUGGAGCCAACAUUGUGCGUUAUCUGCCUCCGCAAGCAGCUGGCCAGCAGGCAGGAGCUGGAAGUUGUGCUCCAGGCUAUCACCUACCUCCCAAUCGCACAGUUCCUGCCGGUCGCUGGCCUCCUGCCUCCAUGCCUCCCCCUCAGCAAGUACGCCCCCCUUACAUGCCUGCUCAGCAACAGCAACCUGCACCUCCUCAGCAACAGCAGCAGCAGCCCCCACAGCCUCAACAGGCCCCUCAGACCACAGGCGCUGCUGGAACUUCUGCUCUCAUUGCCCAGUUGACUCAGCCGCCACCAAAUCUUGGACCUGCUGGCCAAACUCCUCUUGGUGCUCCCUUUGGCAAUGUGGGCAUGAUGACGCAGCAGCAACAACAACAGCAGCAGCAAGUCAUGAACCAACAGCAAGCCAUGAACCAGCCACAGCGUCUAAUACCUGGGCUCAUGGCGCAGGGCCAAGCAGGUGGAGCCAUGGGCAUGGCAGCUCCAAAUGUGAUGGUUGGCCCAGCCCCUGGACAAACACCUGUUAGUUCUGGAGGCCCUGGUCAACAAAAUGCUGGUGGUGUGGUCACUUCAGGUGCUCAACCUGGUCAGCAGGGACCUGGUGUUCCACAGCCACAAGCCCAGAAUGCCCAGAACCAGCAAAAUCCACAACAGCAGCAGCAACAGCAACAACAGCAACAGCAGCAGCAAACUCCACAACAGCAACAGCAGCAGCAGGCUCAACAGAAUCAACCUACUGGUCAAAGUGGGCCUGCAGCUGCUAACCAGCAGCCAGGAGCUGCAAACCAACAGCAGCAGCCUGCAGUACGAGAGCGGCAUACCAUUUGGCAAGGUGUAUUGGAAUGGAUUGAAAAAGCUAAGAAUCCAAAUGAUCCUCAGAAGUUGACUCGACAUGUACCUUGUCAUGUAUCUGCAAAUUCCAAAGAUGGGGAGCCAGAUUUGAAAGCAGAUUCUUGGCCUCAGAAGUUAAUCAUGCAGUUAAUGCCAAAGCAACUAAUAGGUAACAUUGGAGGUGCUUACUUGAAGAAUUCUAAAUCGGUUCUCUUUCACCCUCAAAACUGUGAAGCUCUUGACUCGCUCACAAAAGUGAUGAGCUCUGGAUUUAAGCGUGCAUAUCUUGGUUUCAUCCCCAAUGAUCAGACGGCAUUUGUGGAUCGCUUACGCAAAGUCAUUCAACAUCAAAAGAAUGCUCAGGAAAUGAUUCGACAACAGGGUCAGGCUGGAGUGGGGCCUCAGCAGGGCCAGCUGGGAGCUCCUGGAGGUGGGCAAGCUGGAGGUCAGGGUGGGAACCAGGGUCCUCCACCAGGAGGCAUCCUCCUGUCACAAACCAACCAGUUGGCCCUGGGAGGUGGCCAACUCACUCAGAACAACCCCCAGGGCCUGGGUGGGGGUGGUGUGGGUGGCAUGGGCCCAGGGCCUGUCACCAGCCAGGCCUCACCGGUUCCUAUGCAAGGACUACAGGGUUCGCAUGGUCCAGGAGGGCAGCAACAACAGCAGCAGCAACAGCAGCAACAACAGCAACAACAACAACAGCAGCAACAGCAAGCUCAGGGGCAAGCUCCAGGCCUAAGAGGUCUGCAGGGUCUGCAACCUGGGCCCCAAGGCCCUGCCCAGCCUGGGCAACGUCCUCCAUAUGAUCAUCUGGAGGCAGCUCGCCAGCAAAACCUUGCUAAAAUCCAGCAGCUGCGACAGACCCUUGAAGCUGCUCAGCAGCAGGAACUGCAGUACAAGUCUCAAUUGGAGAUUAUUAGUCACAUGAAAAUCCAGCAGCUUCAAGCCAAUUUGGAAGUGGCCCAACAACAAGAGAUGCAGUACAAGGCCCAAAUGGAGGAUGGGCUUGACAUCAUGGCUUUGGAGGAGAAGGUACUUAGCAGAGAUAUUUAUUUUCAGCAAGAACAGCAGCAGAAGCAGCUGCGUCACUUGCAGCAGCAACUAACUCAACGACCACAGCAACAGUUGGGCCCGCAACCUGGACAAGCCGGUGGCCAACAGCCACCUCAGACGGGCACGCCCUCGCAGCAACAGCAGCAGCAACAACAACAGCAACAACAGCAGCAGCAACAGCAACGAAUGAUGCGGCCCAGCCUACCUAAUAACAACCCUGGCUUGAGACAUCUUCUCCAACAGCAGCCGCAGUAUCGGCAGCAGAUGCUGAACUCGAUGCAGGGUCUGGGCGGGCCGCGCGGCGGCCAGCAACCCCCAGGCGGGCCGCAAGCGCCGCCGCAGCAGUUCGACGACGUGGGCAGCUUCGACUUCCUGAGCUGAGCGGCCAGCCGCGCCCAACCGGCCGACGCCCCCGCUCCGGAGCCCGCCGCCCUGCAGGGCAUCGCCAGGCUCCGCCCCCGCCCCCGGCCCUAGACCUCGCCUACCGGCCACCGAGGCCUGCGGGGCGACCGCUCCCCCCUUGCCCUCCAGGACCAGGCCAGGAACGGUGCUCGCCCGCACGACACCGCUGUUGCAUUUAGUGGAUAUAGGCAUUGUAGGUUGCGUUCAAAAUUACCAGCCCUUCCUUGAGGGCACCACAGUACUUAAGACAGAUUAAUUAUAUAUCGUUGUUGCCUCUCAAGAGCCUAAUUAGACUGAUAAGGCAGUACUACAAUCCUGAUAUCUUCCACUAUGUCCACCAAACAACUUGGGAUUGGGUGCACUUCACAUGUCCCUCCCACUUUUUUCAUGCGUUCAUGUCACCCAAUUGGAUCUUGGUUCUCAACAGUUCUUCUCUUGUCUCGCAGUAGGGUGUCCUCUCCUUGGGGACCAGUGAGAAAGUAAUGGUAAUAUAUUGAAGAACAUAACAUCUUUAGAAAUAUUAUCUAUUUCAUCUGUCUACUUUCCCUUUCUCCAAGGUCUUUUGUUUAUCAUUUUGAACAAUUGAGAAUUCAAGUAUGUUGGUCAUACUACAUGCACCCAAAAUUCUCUCUUGUUUUUGUCCACGGUCAUAUAUUCUUUGUCUUGAACUGUGAAGCGGGAUUACAAUGAGUCAAUUCUUGAUCAAACCUUUGCAUGACAUCCUCACUCUCAACAUAUCUAUUCUAGUUGUUAUGGUUGUUUAAUCAAGUGGCUGUAAAUCUUUCCUCAAUGAGUAUUCCAGGAUUUUUUUAAUUGCUUCUUUUCUGUAUCUGCAUUAAACUAAAAUGCCAGACUAAAAAUCUGUCAUCAUUUUAUCAUCUAAAACACUAACACUUUUAUUGAGUUUUUACAAUUUUUUUUGCUUUGUCAGGUCUUUGUGCUUUUGUAAAUAUUGUUCUUAUCUGUGUAUUUGACAGAGAUUUUGACUGCAAGUUCUUACAAAUAUUAACAUAAUCUCCUACUAUAUGGUAUGAGAUUUUACUUUUUAUUAUAAGAUAUCUGGUAAUGAACUGUGUGUCUCGGUAUGAAUAGUUUUUCUCUUAAAGACUGCUACCAGAAUAUCAAAGACUGGCUUCUUUGAAGUGCAAGGCAUGAGUUUUUGAUUCAGUUGUGAAGGGUCUGAAUCUUCCAAACUUCAGUUCAUGCAUCCGUCUCAAUGUAGAGGUUGAAUGUACUGUUUGUGUAUAAAACCUAGGUUGUACAUACAAGUGUAACUAGUUAUAUUUGAUGUAAUUCAAAAGUGAUACUACAUAUAUUUGUGAUGCUUUGUGUAGAAUGUGGAUUAUAGUCAUAUUAAAUAAUGAUAUGACACAUCAAUGUGUCAUUACUUCAUCAAAGUGUAAAAAAUUUGUGUCUAUUUUAAACAGUAUUUUUGUAUCUAUAUAAAAUUGUAUUAUGGUUACAAAUAAAGUCUAAAAACAAGCUUUUAAAA